AUGGCUCCCACCAAGCGCUCCUCCGGUUCAGCACCUCUUGCCCCAAAGCGCCCACGACUCCCAAAACGACCUGAAGAACAUGAAGAUUUACUGACUGACGAGUCUGAAAUAUCUUACCGAACAUUGACUCCACUGCCAGCCCGCACUCGGAGUAGUCAAUCGACCACCGCCGCUCAAAUAACUCGGAAAGGUCUUCUCCGUUCCUCCGAAACCCCCACUGGGAGGAGCAGUCCUAGGAGGGUAGAAUUUCAUCUCCCCGAGGAUCAUACUGAUAAUUUUGAAGCGCAGGAGGAGCCUGAGGCAAUUGAGGCGCCAGAGGCAAUUGAGGCGCCAGAUGUGGAAGAAAUAGUUGAUACUAGCCACUCAGACUAUGAUGAUGCUCCGGAGAAUGACCACGAGAGCUCUGAGGAGGAUGAGGAUGAACCUCAAGCCCCCCCCCCAUCUUACACCCAGAAGUCUCAGACUGUCGGAAAGAGACCUCAUACAGUUCAGCCGACUACUGCCAGAGCACUGGGCAAUGCUCGGAGGAAACCAACUGGCGCGGUAGCGGAGGUCAUUGCUUCUUCCAACGUGUCGGUGGACGUGAGGGGAACUCGACCGGGCGCGAAAGUAAUACGUAAACAAGGUCAAGGGAGAGCAGCACCCACUUCAGCACCCAGCCAGAAUGCAUCCCAGAGAGCACUCCCGGCAUCCCAGAGAGCACCCCCAACACCCUCACAGUCUAGGCCCUCUGCACCUGUUUAUGCUCAUGAGUAUACCUCUUCUACGCGCCACAUCGAUUUUUCCUCGAUGCGCUCUCGAUACGGGGAGUCGUCCCCCACUUACCGGACAUAUCGUUCUUCACCGCCUAGCGAGGUAAUUGGCGAGAACUCUGUGAGCAGUCGUCAGAUUCCUUCAAGCCAACUUCACGGUCAAGGUAGAUCGCGAAGAGUCUACGAAAUCGAGUACCUUCCCUCAUCUAGGGAGGAGGACGAGAGUACUCCGAUGCCGGAAAGCGAGGGUAUUUUGAUUCCGGGAAGCGAGGUUAGUAUUCCGGAGGACACUCACGACGUCUUUGAGAACACUGGCGACAUUCCUUCGAGCCAAUUGACUCAGAGGUCUGUGGUCCCUAACUCUAGGAGUGCAAAUGUGCUGUCAGUGCAGGCUCAGAGGAUUGAGAAGGAGUGUAGCGUGUUAAUCGGGGAGCAUACUCUUCUACAUGAGCCCUUUCCACCUGCAGCAAGACUUUCGGUCAGAAGUCUGCACUCCCGUGUCCGUUCCCACUUGAUGCACGAGGUGAAAGGGCGCCUGGCGGACUCUACGAUAUAUGGGCUUGGAGAUUUUGUGGGGCCUGAGGCGAGGGCGGCUCAAGUGGAAUACCUUUUGAAGAAUGAUCGUUUCUUGAGCCCCCAACAGCAUUACGAGACCUACCGACUGCGCUUCCUGGCUCCGGAAAUUAUCGAUAUAUUGUAUUUUAAAUACUUCGAUGGGGUAAGAAUGCGAGGGGUUAGGGAUCCCGAAUUUCUAGAGCGGAUAACCCCUACCCUUAUUUGCCUGAUAUCGACGGCGAUCUGGCACGGCAUUCGGGCGUGGUCAACAGGGAGUUACGUGAAGCCUGAUGAUUUUCAGUCGCAGAAUGAGAGUGUUGUGAAAACGUUCAACAGGAUGAGCAACACUUGGAAGGGGAGAAGUAAACAGAACCAGGAGGCAACCUUGGAGGUAAUCAAAGAUAACCUUCGAGAAAAGAUACGAGAUAAAAAAGGGGUAACGAUUGAGAUUAUACCGGAGGAGGGUUUUAGCGAGGACGAUGAAGCUCUGGCUGCGGAUCUUGCCGCAUUCCGAGAUGCUCGGAGAACACCCACGAGUGCUCCAGGAGGUCGGGUUGAUUCCGACAGCGCCCAGGACGAAGUGAUUAAUGCCCGACUUCGCGGCAUUGACACCGAAGAGGAGGGGGAGGAGGAAGAAGAAGAGCCGGAAUUACCUGUAGCGGGGGAUUACGAAGGGGGGGGGGAGGAGGAUGUGUAG